AUGUCGCUCUUCCGCGUCGAGGGUGCCACCCCCGACGAAAACGACGAAAGUAAGGAGCACAGCCUGGCUGCCCGCCUCGCGGCCGUGCGCGCCACCGCCGAGGAGGCGCAGACGACCGUCGACGAGUCGGCGGCGCAGUACCAGACGCUGAUCAGGGAGCAGGUCGACUUCCACGCGAACUACGUGCCGGCGUUCGACAACGAUCCGGCGUUCGCGGCGGCGCCCGCGCCCGCGCCGGGCCUGCCCGCGGCGCCGGCCGCGCGGCGCGGCCUCCUCUGCGACGGCGACGAUGACGAUGUGGUGCCAUUGAUGGAGGCCCGGGCGCCGCCGCCGGCGGCCAGCGACAGCGAAAGCGACGACGAGGGCCCGGCCGCGCGCGCGGUGUCGCCCCGGCGGCGCGGUGGCGUGCUGGACGACGGCGGCGACGCCGAUCCCGCGCGCGGCACUGACGACGGCGGCGCUCAUCCGACGACGGCGCCGGCGCCGGUACUGGACGACGGCGCGGCCGACGCGGCGCCGGCGCCGCGGCGCGCGCCACGCGGCGGCAUCCUGGACGACGGCGACGCCGCGCCCGCGGCGACGGAGGCGGCGCCCCCGCGGCCGCGCCGGCCGCCGCCGGUCCCGCCCGGGCGCGCCGCGAAGGCGCCGGCAAAGGCGCCAGCAAAACCGGUCGCGGCGCCGGCGCCCGCGCGCAUCCCGCGGGGCACGAUCGUCGGCGCGGCGCGGUCGCCCACAAAACAAGCGGCGCCGAAGCCGAAGCCGAUCGCGCGCCGCCGGCCCUUCAAAAAGCCCGCCGCCGCCGAGCCGCGCCUCAAGGGCAAGCCCACGACGGCCGACCGCAUGCGCGAGGCCAUCCAGACGAAGCGCGUCCAGAUCGCGAAGGAGAACCUCGAGCGGCUUUUGAGGGGCGAAGGACAGCCCCUCGAGAAGCUGCCGCCGCGGCCGAAGAACUUCCGGGCAUAA